AUGCUCCAUGAUACGCAGCAAGAUAUAAGCGCGCCAAUCAUUCUUUGUCCAAUUCAUAACGGAGAAUGUAAAUUCACAGGCGAUGAAAUCCUUAAAGCAUACCAAGAGCAGCAAGAACAGUGUGCGAGUGUAUGGACGCCGCAACAGUUCUAUGCUCCGUACACAUCACUCAUACAAGCCAGCGAAUCAAGGGGCUACCCAAAGCGUUCCAUCAUUGUUGAUGUACUCACUGGACAAGCUUUUUCGGAAGCUCAUUAUCUUACUUUCUUAUCGGCUUUGUUUGGUGUAUGUUCAGAAUUCUUCGAUCAACAACUUCGUAAAAAUGCGGAAAAUAUAUGUGGCCACAUUUUUAUCAGUGACAAAAAUGACGAAAUAUUCGAGUUGCAAACCACAUUUUGGAAUAAUGUGUUGGAAAGCUGCUAUAAAAACCUCAUGAUUACUUUGAAAAACCUGAGCAACCCCUCUUCAUUUAAAAUGUUGUUAGCACUUGAUGAAGCUGGUGUAUUGAUUGACAGAAAGAAUAGCAAAGGUAAUUUUUAUCACUUACAGAGGGCACUACAGGCUAUUCCACAUGGGGGUGAUGCCUGUUUUAUGGCACUUUUCACAGAUAUACUCUCAAGAGUCUCGAAUUUCUCUCCUGCCAAAUGCCAUGAUCCAUCCACCAGACUCAAAUUUGCAAUAUGGGAUGACCUCUUACUCUUUGGGCAGAUGUUGAUAAAGGAGCUAUUAUAG